CAAGUGAUUUUCCAAUAAGCAGUGAGCAGGCGAAAAACUUUGUUAAUUAUUAAUUUAUCACUGAUUAACAGAGUGAAAAGCGUUGCGAAUCUGUAGAGACAGGCUCUGUAACGAUGACCACGUACGAGGAGUUCAUCCAACAAAACGAGGAUCGCGACGGCGUCCGGCUGACGUGGAAUGUCUGGCCCUCGUCGCGAAUCGAUGCCAGUCGGUUGGUUGUGCCACUUGCAUGUCUCUACCAACCACUCAAGGAGCGCCCCGACCUGCCGCCCAUACAAUAUGAUCCAGUUUUGUGCACACGGAGUAAUUGCCGCGCCAUACUCAAUCCACUCUGCCAGGUGGACUACCGUGCCAAGUUAUGGGUGUGCAACUUUUGCUUUCAACGCAACCCCUUUCCGCCGCAAUAUGCCGCCAUAUCGGAGCAGCAUCAGCCUGCGGAGCUGAUUCCCGGCUUUAGCACCAUCGAGUACACCAUUGCCAGAGCUCCCACCAUGCCGCCUGUGUUUAUUUUUUUGGUGGACACCUGUAUGGAUGAGGAAGAGUUAGAUGCUUUGAAGGACUCUCUGCAAAUGUCCUUGAGUCUGCUGCCGCCCAAUGCACUGGUAGGACUUAUCACCUUCGGCAAGAUGAUUCAGGUGCACGAACUGGGCGCCGAGGGUUGCUCGAAGAGUUACGUGUUCCGCGGAACCAAGGAUUUGACGGCCAAGCAAGUGCAGGACAUGCUUGGCAUUGGACGUGGCGGCGGCCAGCCACCACACCAGCCAGGUCAGCCUAUGGCUGGGGCAAUGCCCGGUCAGCAGCGACCCAAUCCCGCUGCCGGUGGACCACCUGUGCCGCCGGCACAUCGCUUUUUGCAGCCAAUCAAUCAAUGCGAUACCGCUUUGGGUGAUCUGCUCAGUGAAUUACAGCGCGAUCCUUGGCCAGUGCCGCAGGGCAAGCGCUCCCUGCGCUCCACGGGCGCUGCUCUCUCGAUUGCAGUGGGCCUGCUGGAGUGCACCUACCCUAAUACGGGUGGUCGAAUAAUGACAUUUGUCGGUGGCCCUUGCUCCCAGGGCCCCGGCCAAGUGGUCGACGAUGAACUGAAGCACCCCAUACGAUCGCAUCACGACAUCCACAAGGACAACGUCAAGUUCAUGAAGAAGGCGAUCAAGCAUUAUGAUGCUCUAGCUUUGCGUGCUGCCACCAACGGCCACAGUGUCGAUAUCUAUUCGUGUGCCUUGGAUCAGACGGGUUUACUGGAGAUGAAGCAGCUGUGCAAUUCGACGGGUGGUCAUAUGGUCAUGGGUGAUUCAUUUAAUUCGUCACUGUUCAAGCAAACAUUCCAGCGCGUCUUUGCGCGCGACAGUCGCAAUGACCUGAAGAUGGCCUUCAAUGCCACAUUGGAGGUGAAGUGCUCGCGUGAGCUAAAAAUAUCCGGGGGCAUUGGCUCGUGUGUGUCGCUGAAUGUGAAGAGCCCGUCGGUAUCGGAUGUGGAGAUCGGCAUGGGGAAUACGGUGCAGUGGAAGCUGUGCACACUCAAUCCCAGCUCCACUGUGGCGUAUUUCUUUGAGGUGGUCAAUCAGCAUGCGGCACCCGUGCCCCAAGGUGGGCGGGGUUGUAUACAGUUUAUUACACAGUAUCAGCAUCCGAGCGGUCAGCGGCGAAUUCGAGUCACCACACUGGCGAGAAAUUGGGCCGAUGCCACAGCGAACGUACAUCACAUCAGCGCUGGUUUCGAUCAAGAGGCUGCCGCUGUGCUUAUGGCACGCAUGGUUGUCUACCGCGCCGAAACUGAUGAGGGUCCUGAUAUUUUACGCUGGGUGGAUCGCCAGUUGAUUCGCUUGUGCCAAAAGUUCGGCGAGUACUCCAAAGAUGAUCCAAACAGUUUCCGCCUGUCGCAGAACUUCAGUCUGUUCCCGCAAUUCAUGUACCAUCUGCGCCGCUCUCAGUUCCUGCAGGUCUUCAACAAUUCGCCCGACGAGACCACAUUCUAUCGACACAUGCUAAUGCGCGAGGACCUCACCCAGUCCCUGAUCAUGAUACAGCCCAUACUUUACAGCUAUUCGUUCAAUGGGCCACCAGAGCCUGUGCUGCUCGACACCGCCUCGAUUCAAGCGGACCGCAUACUCUUGAUGGAUACAUUCUUCCAGAUACUCAUCUAUCAUGGCGAGACGAUUGCCCAAUGGCGCGCACUUAAGUACCAGGACAUGCCUGAAUACGAGAACUUUAAGCAGUUGCUUCAGGCUCCGGUCGAUGAUGCCCAGGAGAUUCUGCAGACACGUUUCCCCAUGCCGCGUUACAUUGACACGGAUCACGGUGGCUCGCAGGCGCGCUUCCUGCUCUCUAAAGUCAAUCCUUCGCAGACGCACAACAAUAUGUAUGCCUAUGGCCAGUCGCCGAUUGGCCAAGCAACGGAUGGCGGUGCUCCCGUGCUCACAGACGACGUCUCACUGCAGCUGUUUAUGGAACAUUUGAAGAAGUUGGCCGUUUCCUCAACCACAUGAAUUUCGCUGUUCAGGCGCUGGCGUCUCUUCCUAAGGCGGAUCCAUGCGCUACUACACAGCACAUUAUUCAGUUGUUUCAAGCUAUUUAAAAAGUAGUGGCAGGAUGAAUUUUGCAAUGCAAUUAACGUUACACAAAAAAAAUAUAUAUAUUCCAAUUUUGAGCGAUGAUGAUACGAUAGAUGGGGGAAAAAAUACAAUAAAAUUUACCAAAAUAUUUUCAACAGCUUA